AUGUCUUCGCCAUUGGAAAAGCUCGAAACGCAAUUAGAAAUGUUCAUUGAAAAUGUGAGACAAAUACGUAUAAUUGUUAGUGAUUUUCAGCCACAGGGACAAAGUGUCUUGAACCAGAAGAUCCAAUCUUUGGUCACGGGUCUACAAGAAGUGGACAAAUUAAAAUCUCAAGUACAUGACAUUCAUGUACCAACUGAAGUCUUUGACUACAUUGAUCAAGGACGUAAUCCUCAACUCUACACAAAAGACUGCAUUGAUAAAGCAUUAGCUAAAAACGAAGAAGUUAAGGGAAAAAUUGAUUCAUACAAAAGAUUCAAAAGCCAUCUUCUUUCAGAGCUUUCUAAAACAUUUCCCAAUGAAAUUGCUAAAUAUAAAGCUAUCAGAGGUGGAGAAUAA